AUGACGCGGCUAUCAAUCAGGUGGACCAAGCCUGCUGCCAAAAAGCUUCGAAAACAGAACAUACCCUCGGCCACCAACCCGGAGAAUGGCAGUCGUAGCAAUGUUGUGAGCCGUCUUGACGAACGUCUCGACAAUCAUGAUGGGUGGUCCCUCGUCUCAUCGACUGGGUCCAGUCCCGUCCCUGAGGAGGAGUCCGUGGAAGUACUUGACGAAGCCAGGCCUGGCCCUCCAGCGAACAACUCAGCAACAUCACACAUUCAACAAGAUUCGGGAAGCCCAACAUGGAGUCUCGUCGAAGCUGAGCAAGCCCGAGAACAAGAAUCGCCAGAACUCGACUACGACGACUGCCUCGUACACCCAGACCUUACGACCCUAGACGAAGGUCAACGAGAACUCGACCGAGAUGAGUCUCUGACAUCUCCUUACAUCACUGUCGACCCGUCCACUCCAAGCAAUCAGAAUCCAUCAAGCGACAAGCCAUAUUACCACAGGCAGAAACCUCUGCCAGCCCACCUGGUCGACUAUCGUGGCGCUCGUAGCUACUGGGCGAACCCUGUCGACUUGAACGACCUCGGUGAGCAGAUCAAGCAGUUGAAGAUCAGCUACAGAAAUCUGUCCGGUGCAUCACGCGAGCUCUUCAAGAAACAGGAGAAGCAACUCAGCGAGUUGCAAAACACUCGAUGGGAGAUCGAGGCCUCUCGCGACGAAGUGGAGAAGCAUGUCGAGGAGCUCAACAGCGACAAGGCGUCGGUGCAGGACAUAGAGCUGAGGUCGAGGGUUUCACCUGCUCCCCUGAAGAUUGAUCGCACGAGGGACAGCACCUUCGAUUACGACGAUAAGACCAGAUCAUUCCUGGCCGACUUCAACGCCAGAGAACGAGCCGUUUUCAGCACCGUAGGCAGGUAUGCUCAACGUAAAAGGUCCAACCUCACACCAUGCAAGCCACAGCCGCGAUCAAUCGAACACGUCACGAGCAACUCGCGCAAAGACUUCCCCUACAAAACCGGCACCUUCAUCCACCGCGAUGUCCAGCCGAUCUACGACCACAAAGGCAUGCGCGUCGGGUGGAACCACAAACACAUGCCAUCGUACAAGCGACCGCAGCCUACUCCGAAGACGUACACCAGGGAUGAGACGUUGAUAGAGAUCGGCAAGCUGCCUGUAUCGGAGCGAAUGGAAGCACUCUUCAACUGUCAGAAGUUCAAACAGGCUGUUUCGACGACCGAUAAGAAGAGGAAGAGGCAGACCAGGUGGUAUACUGAGCGGACGAUGGCGAAUUUGUUGUGGACGGGAGGUGUGGCGAGGGAUAAUAGGCAUGAUUCUGUGCUUGGCGAGGUGUGA